AACUUGACUGUGGUCCAGAGCGGCAGCAACGUGUGUAAGUUGGCUGGAGCGGACCGAACCACAGAUGUGAAUGAACAUCUGGAUGCUGCGUUUGCUCUCUCAUCGCCGAGAAUCAGGCCGCGGCGCUUCACUCCGCUCGUCACUCCGCACCUGCCGCUCAACAGCCUCCAUAUCGUCCCUCUCCUGUUCGGAGGAUGCUGCGGGCCCGCGGUGCUCGCCUCUGCGAACCGAGCUCGCAUCCAUCUGCUGCCGUUUACUUUGCGUCCGCUCCCUGCUUCCUUUUGACCGAGGCACAUCCCGACCAUUGACCGACCCGCUGCAUCUCACGGCGACCGGAGGAGAGCCGCUUCCCCCCGCCUCCAUCCCGCUGGACGACGGAACCGUCAGAUGUGUGUGGCUGUGAUGGCGGUGCUGUCAGUGCUUCUCCUGUCAGUGCUGCUGCUGUCCCUGCCCCCGGCCACUCGAGCGUACCCCCCCUGUCCCGUGAGCUGCCGCUGCUACAGCCUGACGGUGGAGUGCGGCUCAACUGGCCUACCUGGGAUCCCGAAACAUGUCCCUGCUACCACACAGACUCUCUUCCUCCAGGACAACGUGAUCAGUCAGAUUCGUCGAGAGGACCUGACCCAGCUGAUGCGCCUGCACUACCUCUACCUGCAGAACAACACCAUCUCUGCAGUGGAGCCCGGCUCCUUUCAGAACCAAGGGCAGUUGUUGGAGCUGGCUCUGAACGGGAACAGGAUCCACUUGGUCAGCGCCGACAUGUUUCAGGGUCUGGAGCAUCUGCGUAUUCUGUACCUGGCGGGGAAUGAGAUCACACGCCUGCUGGACUACACCUUCCGAGGUUUACAGCGCCUGCAGGAGCUCCACCUGCAGCGUAACAGUAUAGAGAUGCUAGCGGACCAGGCUCUGGUGGGACUGAGCUCUCUGGCUCUUCUGGACUUGAGCAGGAACAACCUCCACACCAUCGGCCCGGCAUCGCUGCGACCUCUGGUGAGCCUGCAGGUGCUGCGCAUCACAGACAACCCCUGGCGCUGCGACUGCGCCCUCCACUGGCUGCGCAGCUGGAUCGACGAGGAAGGCCAGCGGCUGCUCAGCUCGGCGGAGCGCAGGCUGGUCUGCACCGAGCCCCCUCGGCUCUCCCACCUGAGUCUGGUGGAGGUACCCCUCAACAGCCUGGUGUGUAUCCCUCCGCUGGUGCAGCUGGAGCCCAGAAGACUGGCUGUGAGACUGGGAGAGAGCCUCCGGGUGUCCUGCCACGCCUCCGGCUACCCCCGACCGCAGGUGACUUGGAAGAAGGCGUCUCAGGGGAAGGUGGCGCUCUCUCCCCGAGGUCUAGUCCAGGACCUGGCCCCGGGAGGAGGGGUAGAGGAAGGGGCUUCCCCAGAGGAAGGUCGGGUCAGUUUGCAGAAGAGUGAUGGAGAGCGCUUUGACCCAGACACCGGCAGUGGGAUGUUGUUCCUCAGCAAUGUUACGGUGGCUCACGCCGGCUUCUACGAGUGUGAAGCGUGGAAUGCAGGGGGCGUGGCCAGGCUCACCUUCCAGCUCGCCAUCAACUCUUCCACGUCCUCGUCCACCUCCUCCUCCUCCCUCUGGGCUUCGUGGUCGCAGGUGUCCUCGCCCUACUCACCCGCCUGGCCCAGGCUGAGAAACCACGGCCAAGUCCUGGGCUCAGACGUGAGCCGGGAGCCGCUCUACGCUCUGGGCAGCAUGGCUUUCAGCGCUCUGGGAGCAGCGACACAGACCGCCAUCGCUGUCGGAAUCUCUCUGCUGGCACUCACGGCUCUACUGCUGGUCGCCAUGAUCUACAGUCGCCAUCAUCAACGAGAUAAGGAGCCUGAUGGAGCUGAGAAGGAGGAGAGCAUCCUGUACGUCAACGACUACUCUGAUGGGCCGACCACCUUCGCCCAGCUGGAGGAGUACCGGGACGAGAGGGGCCAUGAAAUGUACGUCCUCAACAGAGCCAAGCCUGUGCUGCCGCCUCCUCCCCCUACUGCGGUCUCCACCACCAACCUGGGCGGCCCAGCUCUGUCUGACACCACCAGCCUCACGGCCUCCUCCGGGCCGGGCCAGACCGUGAGUCCCACUCUGACCGCCAACAAGCAGCAGCAGCAGCAGCAGCAGCAGCUGGACGGUGACAUACGGACCAUGAGGAGGAUGGGUGGGGAGGGAGGGGAAGCGGAGCCGGUCAUCACGUCAGAGGCUGAAGGAAUGUUUCUGAACCACACCGGUCUGUUCAUUGACUCUCAGAUAGCGUAUGAGAUUCACUGCUGAGGCUGGAUUCUACUGCUGCACAGAACUUGGGUGCCAAGCGCAUCAGUCACUGAAGAAACAUCCUUAAUCUGUGACCAGUCAAGCUGGGCAGUGUGCUCUCUGCUUGUAUAAAGAGACGGAUGGUUUUUUCGACCCCAGCCAAGCUAACUAAAGCCGUCCAACUCUAGCGAUGACAGUCUGGAUGUCAUAAGUGUUAGACCUGUCUGACCCCUAGCAGCCGACAAACACUCGGGUCAGCAUUUAUCUACUUUCAUACCAGCAGCUUUUCACUGUCUCGCCUGUUUGAAGGUUACAAUGAGCAGAUUCCGACCUCUAGAGAUGCUGUGGAGCCUUUCACUUCUUCUUUCUGUGUGACACAUCUUUGUCAUCACACACCCACUGCGUGAGCUGAUAAUGGCAUGGCAACAAAUGAAGUAAGAAGCAAGAUGGUCCCUGGUGAGAGGAGGCAAAGUGUCUGGACUGCAAAUAUGUGUCCCACCCGUGGGGAGGGUUUCAAAAGAGCAGCUGAGUCAGUGCAGCAGGCCUGGAUCUACUUGCUUUUGGUUACUGUGAGGUAUUCUGCAGGUCAUCUUCAAGACUUUUUAAGGCUCUCUUCUGAGGCCAGUCGCGCACACCAGGAGCCAAAGUCAGCCAUGUGCGAUGGUUGUACCUUGUCAUGGAUCACAUGGAUGAGGGCAUCCGUUCUGGAUUGGGUCUCUUAUUGGUGUUAUGCUGGCCACAGUCAUCCACUGGACACUUGCUGAGCUGCUGCACCUCGGCGUGGACAGAGGCCAGAAGGUGUCAGGAGUGCUGUAAGGAGCGUGCGUAGAUGCCGUUCAGCAGUGUGUGUCCUGGACUGCUGAGUACACAAAUGUUGCUACCCUUUGUUGCAUAAUCCAGGAUUAACCUUUCUAGGGAAGCUGCAUUUGGAUUGAUAGAAUCACAGUUCAGAAGGUUUGCAUUUGAAUUCUGCUUUUUUAUUGUUAUUAUUGUAAUGUUGUUUAUUCUCUUUUUUUUUUACUGCAUUCCAAAGAUCAUUAUUUGUUUGUCACUGGAACACCUGAAAAGGAAAGUUGGAGUCUGGGGGUACUGAAGCCAAAACUUGUGUUAAGAGUGUUUUGCCAGCUGUAGUGUAAAUCUAAAGUCAGGUGCGUAGUUUGGUGAGCCAGAUCCAUCAGGUCCGAUGGAUGAUCUACAGUUCCUAACCGCUCAGUAACAGCUCAUGACCACAGGAGAGCACUGGAGUGUAUCUCAUCUCAUUCCUAACCAUCCAUGGCUCCACCCUUCUCUCUCAGUGAAACAACCAGAGAUAUGUGUACGCCACCCUGUUCCUUUGAGAGAUCUUGGGCUUAAAGAUGCUUAUCAUUGUGUUUGGUCUGCUUUUUGUUUGUCAUUGAAGGAACAGCAUAUCUGGGUUUGGAUUCAACCUGAUCGCUUCCUGUUCAGUUGUUCUCCCUGUGCUUGUCUAGGUUUCCUCUCGGCACUCCAGUUUCCUCCCAUAGUCCAAAUACACGCAGAGGUUAUUGAUGACUCUGUCUGCAGGUAUGAGCUGUUGUGGUUGUCUCUAUAUGAUGGGCAGGCGACCCCUCCAAGAUGUCGCCGGCCAGGUCAACCAGAUACAAGUCAUGAGACUAAUAUGGUUGUAGUCACGUGAGGGAGGCGCAUUAGAGACUCAGCCAGUCUCAAAACAGAGAGGUACUUCACUCAGGUUUAUAGAUCUGAAAAGACAAGGCAAGACAGCAUUUCUGAGGUGGAGACUCUUCUAAGGCCGUCAUUCUUUUUGACCGACUACUCCCAACAAGUCACUGAAGUUGUCUGAAUGAUGCCACCAUGCCUCCCUCUUUCUUACAGCUUUGUAUAUUUUCAGAACAAUGUACACCGAAGAAUUUCUGUCACAUUCUGUCCUCUGCUGAGCCAAGAGCAUCCAUGAGUUUGGAAUAUUUGAUGUUGUCACUGUCAUCCGAAACGUACAUUUUUGUGUCUACCCUCAUACAUCUGUGAAAUUUUGGCCUGUUUUUAGAAGCUCCACCUGUUUUUUUGGUGGACUGCAGAUGUUCUUGAGGUCAGCUGUGUACAAAUGCAUGUAAAGUGAUCCAAAAUAAACAGGAAU